CUUGGUUCUUGUUUUAUUGCCGGUGACAUAAUAGAUUAGUAGAAAGAAACCUUGAUUCAAUCCAUUGCCACCGCCAAAAAAAAGUCAACCAUUCAUAACAAACAAACAUCCAAUCCAGACAUUCAAAGCUUUCGGUGACCUACUUUCAUGAACCACUCCUCUCCAUCCACCGCCGCCGCCUUCUCAAUCUCCACCUCCUCUGUUCUUCAAAUCCGCCAUGGAUUUCCUCUCUUCCAGAAAGCUUCUCUCCGACGACGCCGACGACGACCUCAACAAAUUCUGCCCUGAAGACUGCCUCGAUCACCCUUCCGAUUCCUGCUCCUCCGAUUGCCUCGAAAAAUGCCCUACACUCUGUUCUUACAUCUCUACUUCAAUCCCGCCACCCGAUUUUGACGAUUUCAAUCCCUCCUCCGCCGCGAAAUCGCCGCAUAAACUCUCCAAUUUGGUUACCUUAACCAUCGCUCUCCUCUCUUUUACCUUCCUCCUCGUCCUCUGCUACGCCGUCUACGCUCGUUUCUACUCCGCCCGCCGUAGACAGAUCCGCCGCCUCGAUUCCCCACCGCCCCCAACCCACCACCACCACCACCACAGCCCUGUUUUGGAUCACCCCAUUUGGUAUAUCCGCACCAUCGGCCUCCCGCCGGCUGUUAUCGACGCCAUCGCCGUCUGCAAAUUCAAAUCCGGCGAGGGUUUGAUCGAUGGAACAGAGUGCUCUGUUUGUUUAAGCGAAUUCGAAGAGGAUGAAACUUUAAGACUCUUGCCAAAAUGUAGCCACGCUUUUCAUCUCCCCUGUAUCGAUACUUGGCUUCGAUCCCACACCAAUUGCCCCAUGUGCCGCGCUCCCGUCGUAGCUCACUCCGCUCCACCGACACCGACACCGCCUCGGGCCGAAACCCAGAUGGCGAAUUUACAGGAGGAAGAAGAAAACGCCGCCAAUUCAGGGGAAAAUUCCACGAGAAACGAAGAACAAGAUGAAAUCCAUUUAGAAAGUGACAAUCAGGCGAUGAGAAGAUCGGUGUCUUUAGAUUUGCCCUCUGCUCUUCAAAUCAGCUCUGUUCUUGGUGUUGUUAAUGAAAAAAUGGAUUGGGAAGGUGAAUCGGAGCAGAGAAAUGGGAAUUGCUCGGAGAAAUCAGAGGGGAGUAUGAACAGGUCAGUUUCUUGCAGUGGGGGGUUUCUGAUGAGAAGCUCCAAUCAUAGUUGAUAUCCAUUUUUGUGAGGCGUCUCUGAAGAUGGGGAUGUCCAUGGGAACUCUUGGAAAGCUGAGAGGUCUCUUAAGUUCAUAAUGUUUAUUGUGAAGUUUGUGAAAAUGGCUGCUCAGAUUACUUGAAUAUCAUGAACAUUAGAGUGAGUGAGGAAAUCUGGAUAUGAACUCGAGUUUUUCGAAUGAUUUUAUGAUGAUAUCGUACGUUUGUAUAUCCAUGAUGAUUAGAAUGCCUUG